UUGCUUGUGCUGGAACACCAUUGCAUUUGCAGGUUGCGACAUUUCAUUGACUCUUUGAGCAAACAGAUCUCACACGCUCCAAUUCACCAUGUUUACUGCAAAACCCACUUCAAGAUCUGUCUUUUUCUCCCUACUCCUCCUUCUCCUACUCGCCACUUCACUCUCUUCCGAGCCCACGGCACCCGAUGAGGAUAGUGACGACCUGGGGGACCUUCAAGAAUUGAUAGCACUAGACGAAGAAGCUGAUUUGAGUUCAGAAGGGGGUCGUGAUGAGAGCAAAGAUAAGCCAUCUGGGGCUGAGCUAUUGAGCAGAGCUCAGAGAAUUGUGCUUGAGCUUAACACUGAUAAGACCAAGAGUGCCAUUGAUGGGAACCAGCAUGUUUUGGAUAAUUGAGACUGUUCUAAUGGGGAUAGUAAAAAAGAUUCUGUCUACUAAUUUCUGUGCUUUUCUUAAAUUCAAUGAGGCAACUGGAAAUUUUCAGAUUACUCUCAAGAGGUUAUCAGCGUACAUAUCUAUUGGUGAGGGCUGCGACUUCGUGGGUGUACCCACAAGGUUUCUGUCGGUGAACGCGUCACUGAGGAUAAAGGUGUACAACCCUGCAACAUUCUACGGCAUCCAUGUCAGCUCUACACCCAUCAAUCUCGUCUUCUCCAACAUCACUGUCGCCACUGGCCAGUUGAAGAAGUAUUAUCAGCCGAGGAAGAGUCGGCGGACGGUGAUGGUGAACAUACAAGGAACUAAAGUCCCCUUGUACGGGGCAGGAUCGAAUCUGACGGCGUCCAAAAAUAAGGACGGCGGUGGAGGUUAUCAAGUUCCGUUGGGGCUGGAUUUUGAGGUGAAGUCUCAGGUGGGGAAAUUAGUUAGGACGGAGCACCGGAGGAAGAUCUGGUGUGACUUCAUCAUUGACUCCGCCAGCAAUAAGCCAAUCAAAUUCAAGAAACAUUCAUGUGUUUACUCCUAGUUGUCGUCCAUGAAUUAUUGAUGAUCUUUUUCCCCUGGAAAUGAUAUGAUGUUUUAAUUUAUGGGACAUUUUUAUAUUCAGUUUUCGAUAUAAGUUGUUUUUUCA